AUGAGGGUGGCGCCGUUGUCGCUGCUGUUUUUGCUGCUGGGUUCUCUCCCGCUUUUGGCUGCGGCCCGGCAGCACAUCGUUGUGGACGUGGAUGGCUCGGUGGAGGACUACGCCGCGCUCACAAGCAUCGCCCAGAGCCCGAAACUGCGCGGCCAGCUGAGUCUUGUCACCGUCUCCGGGGUGACGUGGGGCCACGCCGCGACGCUGGCACGCAAUCUCUGCCGCUUUCUCUCCCUUGCGCAGCUGGCGGACGUCACUGUGUCGGUGGGGGCAGUGCAGGCGGCGGCCGACGCGUACGACGCGUCGCUGUCGCGCGGUGGGUGUGGCCACAGUCAGGGGUUUCCCGCCACACCGCACGAUGCGCUGCGCCGUGGGAUGGCGUACUCCCGUGCCGAUGUCACGAGUUGCUUCGGCGCGGCGUACCACCUUCCCGCCAAGUCAUGUAAAGUGGAGAUGAACGCAUCGGAGGCGCUCCAUGCAGUGCUCGCCGGCAUGUCUGCCGGCGACACUGUGGUGUAUCUCGCGCUGGCCAGUUCAACCAACCUGGCCUCGGCGCUGACGUACUUGGGCAGUCACGACCCUGCGCGUCUGCAGCGCCUGAAGCAGUCGGCGGUGGUGCACUUCCUUGAAAAGGGGUACAGCCUCGCGGUGGAUGAUGCGUCCACGUCCCAAGUCUUGGCAGAGCCCGGGCUGCGUAUUGUGCUCUACUUGUCGUCCUUCUACGACCCCGCGGUCACCUUCUCGGUGAGCUCGUGGAGUGAGUUCAGCACCAUGGCGAAGGAGAAGGGCGCCUCCAAGGCAGUGGCGUGGCUCUUCAGCGCCUGGGAAGCCAAAAAGUCCCUCGUUGAAUCCCGCAGCAGCGACGGCAGCGCGACGUUUUUUAGAGAAAGUGGUCCAGCGAGCAGCCUGGUGACGCUCUGCGCCCUUGACGCCGCCGUGCGCGCCAGCUGCGCCGCGUACCGCACGGCGCUGACUAAAGUGUCGCUUCAUUUGGGGCAGCCCACGGACGCCGGGCCCGGCACGCUGCAGCUCAGGAUCACCGGCAAUAAUGUGACGUGGCCGUCCUACCUGCAGGCAACGCCGCGGGCCCACCUUGGCGCCGCACGCUACCUUGCUGCCCCGUCGGCCGACCGUCUCAUGCCGCCCGCCACCACCUCCUUGGCGUCCGUCUUUAUGUCCGUCUGGUCGGACCUCCUUCGGUCGUAG